AUGCAUCCUUUUUUGCGCCCAAUACACACCUACACUCCCUUACCUCCUAAUUCUCACUUCAUCGUGAAGAAACAUCUGCAUGACAAAAAGAAGACACACAUUGGAAAAAAACCACUACGACAUAUACAACAUAGAAAGGGAGAAGCAAAUGAAAAACCUAAAUGGAAGAAAGAAGGAAGAAAAGUGAAAAGCACAAACGGACAGAAUAUAAUAUUGCCUUUCCCUCGAUUCAUUAUUCCUUCGUUUCCUCCCUCUCUCUUCUUCAUUCCUGAUCCUAUCUUAUUUCCCCGUCCUCUUCUUUCUACCCCAUACUUGCUACUGUUACUUACUACAUACUAA